GGGGGUAGUCAAAGUUUUGAUUCUUACCCAUUUAGAUACGGCGUUUUUUAUCUUUAUUCAUUGUCGGUAUGGAUUGUGGUGGUGAAAAUUGCGUAGGAUUGGUAAUAAUUGAACAUUUUCGUGUAUCAUGUGUUUAGUGUAUUACUUUUAACAAUCACUCAUUGAGAUUUGAAAAGUUAGGGGGAGCACUUUCAGGGGUUUCCCUCAAUCUAGGGGUUGAAAAACCAGGCGCUUUUCUCUAUCAUUUCUGACUGUUCUUCAAUGAGAAAGUUGUUGAGUGGUUUUAAUUAGUUCAUCUUUUGAUUGGAAAGUUGAAAGCACAUGGGUUUUAUUUUAUUUUUCUUUUUGAUAGCUAAAAUCCAUGCUCUGAAGGGAUGUUACCCAGCUCUUGGAUUUUGAAGCUUUUCAUCUCACCUUUGCAUCUUUCUCUCUUUUCGCUCUCUGAUUCUAAAUCCUAUCUCAUAAUAAAAUGUAAGCUGUUUGUAAAAUACUUGAGCAGCAGAAGACGACAGAGCAUAUGGAGGUAGUUGGCUUUUGUCUGUCAUAGUAGUUUUAAGGUUCAUGAAAGUAAGAAUCUUUUUGUAGAAAUUUUAUGGUUUGGACUGUUAUAAGCUGUUCUUGUCAACUUGUGCGAUGAUAAUUGAGUUUUUGUUUGCUCUUGAAUUUAGUAUGUAACGUAAUACUCUUCUAUCCUACAAAGAUUUCUGGAUCUUCUUUGUUUGGUAUCGGUUGUUCUUCUGAAAUUUCACUAUCAUGAUACGAAAUUCUCAUUCGAAUUGAUUCUUCCAAUGCCCAUCACAAUACAUCUUUUGCUUUCUUUUGAAAAUUGAUAUGUUCUCUUUCUUUUCCAUGGUUAUCAGAAUUUUCUCAUGCAGUCAUGCUCCAAUUAACUCCGUUGGCUUUUUGUUCCUUGAUAGGUCAGCUUCACCUGAAUCCAGCUUUUGAGCUGUGGAGUAAAUCGAUUUUGAAAUCUUCUCAUGCUUUUUCUGAGUUCCAUCAUUAUUAUUAUUAUAGGAGAAUUCCAAUUCAACUGCAUUAUUAUUUUCUUUUUCCAUUUAAAAACCUCAUUUCCUAAAUCAUCCCUCUGGCAAUGUAUUUUAGAUCAUAGCAGAUCUUCAUAGAUUUGUUUGUUCUUUCUUUGUGGGAAAAUUUGGACAAAUAAACACAAGGCUAGAUGACAGUGGAUAAAGACGGUAAGAGCUCAAUUUGGAGCCAAGAGCAGGACAAGGCAUUUGAGAAUGCUCUAGCCACUUAUCCAGAGGAUGCUUCAUAUCGUUGGGAGAAAAUUGCGGCUGAUGUACCUGGGAAAACGCUAGAAGAGAUCAAAUAUCAUUACGAGCUGUUGGUCGAUGAUGUUAAACAAAUUGAAUCUGGCUUCAUUCCUCUCCCCUCCUAUAGUUUUUCUUCUGAUGAUAAUAGUGAAUCUCGUGUUGGAAGCAAAGCUUCAAGAUCAGACCAAGAGCGUAGAAAGGGGACUGCAUGGACAGAGGACGAGCACAGGCUAUUUCUUCUCGGUUUGGAUAAAUAUGGGAAAGGAGAUUGGCGAAGUAUGUCUCGGAACUUCGUGGUGACGAGAACACCCACUCAAGUGGCCAGCCAUGCCCAGAAGUACUUCAUUCGUUUGAACUCGAUGAACAAAGACAGAAGGCGCUCGAGCAUUCACGAUAUCACUAAUGUUGAUAACAGAGAUUUAGCAGCACCUCAAGGACCAAUUACUGGUGAGGUCAAUAAUUCUCAAGGAUCUUCUACCAUCAAAUCAACCAAACAACCUCCUCAACCACCUGCUGGGCCAUCCGUUGUCGGGAUAGGAGUGCCCUUUGUGUCGGCAGUUGGCACCCCAGUAAAUACUCCUCCACCACAUAUGGCGUAUGCAGUCAGAUCCCAGGUAAUUGGUUCAUUAGUUCCUAGACCAGCAGUAAAUAUGAGCCCGAUGACAUAUUGAAUGUCUCAAGGAUCUGCUGAAAGGUAAUAAUACUCUGUUCAGGCAUAACUUAUCUAAUCCUCAUCUGUCAUUUGGUAUGUUGUUUCAUUAGAUUGGGUGCCUUAAUUAAGGUCAUAAGGAUUACAAAUUCUGUAAAGGGGACCCCCCACCCCAAAUUUUUUUGGGGGGGUAAGAAAGCAUUGAGUUGCCCUUCUGUUUAAGAAAAAAAUCCCCUCCAUGAAUGAUGUAUGGGAUUCUUCACUUUAUCAAAUUGUUGCUUCUGGUUUCUUUUCCAA